UUGGCGUGGUGUACAAACAACUCUGUCUCUCACUGCACUCUCUGGUUCGCUGAUUCUCCGAGUCCUAACGAACUCUGUCUCUUUCUCUCUCGCUCGCUCUCUCUCACUCGCUCUUUUUCAUUUUCUCACAAUUUUCCUGCAAAAUUUAAAGCAAAAAGAUCGCCAUUCGUCAACAUUUCCGGCCCUGAUUAUACAAACCGGAAAAAGAAAGAAUCCGUUUUGAUGGCGGUCGCUUCUCCGUCUGCACCAAGCUUUUCGGUUUCUUUCCGUUGCAGAGGCGCCGCCGAGUCUUGCAUUUCCAAUCGCCUGACGUGGUUUCCUUCCGUUGCGUUUACGCGUCGCCACCACCGCCAGUCUCUACCUUGCGUCAAACGGCUCUCCAUUGCGUCGAGUCUAAAUUCGUCAAGAUCCUCCCAGGAUGGCGACGUUCAGUACGAGUUUCAACAAAGGGGCUGGCAGGAAGGGUCCCCAGUGUACGUGAAGCUCCCCAUGGACGCGGUGGGUCCUACGGUGGGACAGUUGUGGAACGCAAAGACCAUGUCCUAUUCGCUCCAUGCGUUGGCUGACGCUGGGGUGGAAGGCGUGGUGCUGGAGAUUUGGUGGGGACUGGUUGAGAGAUAUGCGCCUGGAGUUUACAAUUGGCAUGGGUACAAGGAGCUGGUGGAGUUGGCCAUGCGCAGCGGAUUGAAGGUUAGGGUCGUUAUGGCUUUUCAUCAGUGCGGUACGGGACCUGAUGACCCUCACUGGAUUUCUCUCCCUCGUUGGGUGCUUGAGGAGAUUCAGAAAAAUCCUGAUUUAGCAUAUGCUGACAAAUUUGGUAGAAGAAAUAUGGAAUAUAUUUCCCUGGGAUGUGAUACUCUUCCUGUCUUGCGGGGACGCUCACCCCUCCAAGCAUAUGCAGAUUUCAUGAGGAACUUCAGAGACACCUUUGGACAUUUUCUUGGUUUUAUAAUUACUGGAAUCCAAGUUGGGAUGGGUCCUUCUGGUGAACUAAGGUAUCCUUUGUGCAAAUUUGAACUAAGGUAUCCUUCGUGCACUUCUGAAAAGCUGACAUGGUCUUGGCACUCACAUGAACUUGGAGAGUUUCAAUGCUAUGAUAAGUAUAUGCUGGCAUCUCUGAAUGCCUGCGCUAAAGACAUUGGGAUGCCUGAAUGGGGCAAUGGGGGUCCUUUUGGUGCUAGCAAUUUGAUUCAAAAUCCUGAAAAUACUGACUUUUUUGGAAGUGAUAAUGGUUCAUGGAAUACACCAUAUGGUAAAUUUUUUCUUGAAUGGUACUCAGGGAUGCUUCUUUGGCAUGGGGAGAUUAUAUGUAGGGAAGCUGAGAGCAUUUUUCAGGGUACUGAAGUUAAUAAAUCAGCAAAAGUGGCAGCGAUAUACUGGCAUUAUGACACACAGUCUCAUCCAUCGGAGCUAACAGCUGGCUACUAUAAUACUUCCACCAGAGAUGGAUACCUUCCUAUUGCUCGCAUGUUUGCUCGGUAUGGGUUUACACUGUGCUGCACUGGUUUUGAAAGGCAAGAUGCAGAAGAGAAAAAGAGAAACCCUGUAAGUAGUCCAGAGGGAUUUCUCAGGCAGCUUCUGUUGGCUGCAAAGGUUUGUGAUGUACCACUAGAGGGAGAAAAUUAUGCAACUACUUUUGAUGAUGAAUCAUUUCAACAGGUGCUCAAAAUGUUAAAAUUCUAUUCAUAUGGUCUAGAAAAGUACUCCCUUUCAUUCAACUUUGAGAGGAUGGACAAAAACUUAUUUGAUAAUCGUAAUUGGAUCCGUUUUGUUCGUUUUGUGAAGCAAAUGUCUGAUGCCAAUACUUUUCGAGCCAACUUAGGCAUUGAAGAUGAUGUGCACUGGUCCUCCACAUCAGGUGUUGACAAAAUUGGAACGACUUUUGCAUAUUGCUAAGGCAGAAUGUGCUUACAAGCUACAUCAUCAAGGGAAACCUUAUACUUGCUCUAUCCACAGAUGUGUAUACAUUUAGAUUACUGAUGAUAUCUGAUCCAUUGCUGUGAAAUGUGUAGUAAUGCAUCAUUUUAUUUUUUACUAUGCUUUCUCAAGUCUUGAAUCUUUUUGACACAAUUAUUCACUGUAUGAUGACAUAUUGCCUUCCUGAGAUUUUUGAAAUGGUUGACUUCUAAUGAAUCUGUACAUGUAAUCCAAAUUCUUUGGCUUGUAGAC